GUCGUAGUGCCGCUGUAACGGACGUUUUUGUUUACGUGUUCGUCGCACCCGGUGACGUGAACGGUGAACGGUUAACAACCACAGCGGUUAGGCAACGAAAGCAUUAUAAAUCCGACGUCCUCCGAUAUCUGCACGCGGAGUCCAUAUUUUCGUCCGUUUUUCUCUGCCGUUGUGUCCGAUUCGUGUUUUCCGGCCAUCCCGUCCGUUUCUUCCGACACGAAUAACAAUAAUUGUUUAUUAUAAAAAUAGGUAUUAUUUUAUUAUAGGUAAGUCGUCACAUAUAUAAUAUUAUAAUAAUGUUAUCGGCCCGCCAUUAAUUCGGGGAAUUUUUUUAACAUCUAUUCACCCCGUAGACUCUUGGGUGCAAUCGUGAAGUCUAGGGUUUUUUUUUUUUUUUUUUUCUAUUGUGUAUGUGUUAUUUCUCUCUUUCGCCUGCUUGCCUGACCGCUGUGUAAUUGCCUAACUGUCGUCGCCGCCGGAUGGCUGUCGCUCGACGUUCGACGUGAUCGUUCGGUUGUUGUUUGUCUCCUAUAGCGUCCAAUUUGCGACAGCCGUUUGUUGUUUUCCGUGUUUGUGGCCCGAUGUCGCGUUACCCGACGCUCCGCAGUUGUGGCUAUGAGCUGCACCGGACUAUAGGAACCGGCGGAUUUGGCAAAGUCAAACUGGCCACGCACGGGCCCACCGGCGAAAAGGUGGCUGUCAAAAUCAUGGACAAGACCAAGCUGGGCAAGGACCUGCCGCGCGUCAAGCUAGAGAUCAGCGCACUCAAGACACUGUCCCAUCCAAACGUCUGUAAGCUUUAUCAGGUGAUUGAGACCGAGAGUCACUGUUACGUGGUCAUGGAGUACUGCUCGGGCGGUGAGCUGUUCGAUCACAUCGUCGAAAAGAGCCGUCUCAGCGAAAUGGAGUCGAGAAUGUUCUUUAGGCAGAUCAUAUCGGCCGUGUCAUACCUGCACGACAGCGGCUAUGCGCACCGCGAUCUCAAGCCGGAAAACAUACUGUUGGACAAGGAACAAAACCUGAAGAUAAUCGAUUUCGGUUUAUGUGCCAAGCCGCAGGGUGGUAUGGACAGUCUGUUGUUGACUUCGUGCGGUUCGCCUACUUAUGCCGCCCCCGAACUUAUUCAAGGGGUCAAAUACCACGGGUCUGAAGUAGAUAUCUGGAGCAUGGGUGUUAUUCUGUAUGCCCUGUUGUGCGGUUGUUUGCCAUUCGAAAGCGACAACAUCGAUGAGCUUUUUAAAAAGAUUUUACGUGGAAAAUACAUUGAACCUGGCUGGCUGUCGUCAGGCAGUAAACGUUUGUUGCGACGUAUGCUUUGUGUGGAUCCUUUAAAGCGUGUACGAAUCAGUGAGCUGAUUGACGAUCCAUGGAUUAAACUUGGGUAUGGUUAUCCUCCAGCCACAAAGUUUCACAAUAUGGGACAAUAUAAAGACAUUGAAUGUCUUGAAGUAAUGAGUCAAUAUUAUAAUGUUGAUAAAGAAAUUCUAUGGUCUCGUCUUUCCAAAUGGAAGUACGACAGUGAGACCGCUACUUAUUUGUUGUUGAUUAAUUUAAAAAAAUCUGGUAGUCCGUUAGUUUUGAAGAAAAAAGAUUUACCCAAACUGCAACCAGAACAAGUUAUUAUAAGAAGGCCAGUCGAUCUGCAUACUCCUGGCCAAGAAAAUAGAAGAAUACGUGCUGUUAGAAGAAAAUUAGAAGAUGCGACACCUGUUAUACCAGCUAAAAUCAAAAGAAGUGCCAAUGUUGAAACUGCUCAACAACACAGUUCAGCAGUUCAAAAUAGUCCUGCUGGUAAAAUAUUGUCUAGUUUAGAUCGUGUUAGAAAGGCUUUGACACCAAGACGCCGUUUGGGAACGCCGACAUUAAAAAAACCUGAAAUCUUGGACAUAAAAAAAGAUCUGUGUAACAUAUCGACCACAGUUUGUAAUGAUCCAGAGAAAGUAAUGAAUCAGUUAGAAAAUGCAUUGGCCAUGAAACAUGUUAUUUGCUCUAGAAAAGGUUUUAUUCUCAGGGGAAAAUUAAAGAGCGAUGCCAAUGAUAAGGAAAAAUUAAAAUUGUCUUUUGAACUAGAAAUAUGUUUAGUGCCAUCAAUAAACAAAGAAAAUUUGUCAGUUGUUGCUAUUAAACGAAAGCGUCUUAAAGGUGAUUCUUGGAUGUACAAAAAAAUAUGCGAAGAAAUUCUAAAUUUUACUGGAAAAUGUGAAUCUAAUAAUCAAGUGUGAUUUUUUUUUUUCUUCCGGAAAUAUGUUUUAUUUACCGAAUUGCUUUUGGUGUUUAAUUUUGAUUUUUAUAUGAUUUCUGAAAAACUUGUAACAAAUUUAUAUAAAGUAGAUUAAUGUUUAAUUUUCACAGUAUUAUUUUCUUUAUUUCAAAUUGACUGUAUGUGUACCUAUUGUGUAUUUAUAUUAGUAAAUAUUUUCAAAACUCCCUUGAGUAUUAUGUUAUAAUUUUUUUUGUAUUUUUUUUUUUUAACUUGACUUUUCAUAUUACACAAUUAAGUUAACUUUACUUAUUAUAUCUAAAACUAAUAUUAAAUGCCCACCCAUACUUAUUGUGAUCAAAUACUUAUGUACUUUUGAACUUGUCUUCCUCUAACCCUAUGCUUAUAUUAUUUCUUUUUGCUUUGUUUAAUUAUUUAAUUUUUAUAAAUAACAAGUAUACAUUAAUUAAUCACAAUUUUUCUUUAAUAGUUAAUAAGUGAUAAUCAAAAAUAUAAUCUCUUUCAUGGUGUAAAAUGCUUCAUGUUAAAUUGUUUAUGUAAAUUACUCUGUAAUUAUAACAUUAUGUUGAAAUACAAAUCUCAUUUCAACAGUAAAAAUGAUUAUAUAUUUUUUUUUAAUUCAACAAAAUGGCCUUAUCCUUAUACAAUGAUUUAAUUUUUAUAUCAUAUAAUUUUAACAUUAAUACAAAGUACAUUAUAAAGGAUAAUAAGGGAUUAUAAGGGUAUAAUGGUUUGGAAAAUAGUAAAAAUUGAUUCGAUUCAUAUAUAUGAAAUGUCUAAUUGGUUUGUACAAUUGUGUUUAUUAAACAAGGUUAAAAAUCUAAACGAUGAACGUUUUUUUUUGUUUGUUUAUGUAUAUUAUAAUUUUUAAUUUAUUGUUAUCAAUGAAAUAUCUAAUACUCAUGUUUUCAUAGAUUAAAUUUUAAAAUUUUUAUUUGCAGAAUGUACUCAUUUAAGUCAAUUGUACUUAUUGCAUUAAUUUGCACAUCUCUAUGCAUAUCUAGUCAAAGUUCCGAUGAACCUCAAGCUCGGCUUUUGGUAUCCAAACAGGUCCUUAACAAGUUGCUGGUUCAAGAUUCAGACAUUUUAGUAAAAGUGUGUAUAAUAUGAAAUUUGAAUUGAUUUUUAUUUAAAUAAUUAUUCGUUAUACAUUGUAUGUAUAUUGUGUGUAUUAAUUUGUUAUUAGUAUACUAUUUACAAUGUGGGAAGCGUGCCAGCGAUAAACGUUAUACUACAGGACUCUGGAUUUCCCGAUGAAGCUUUUGCCACGGUUAAAGGGAAUUUGAAUAUACAAUUCACUAGAAUACCAGUUGGAGCAAAUGUUACUCAUGCCGUUGUUAUCAAACCUUUGACCUAUGGCAGAUUUAACUUUUCAGCUGCAGUGGUACAAUACAAAUCGUCUGAAAAUUCUGUAGAGCCACAAUUGGCCAUAAGCAGCGAACCUGGCGAAGGAUACAUUAUCAGUUAUGCUGAAUAUGACAAAAAAUUCUCCCCUCAUUUGGUAAUUAUACAUUAAGAUUUAAAAAAUAAAAUAAAUUUGUAUUAUGUAAUUUUUUUUAAACAUUAUAUUAUAUGUACAAUCUGUAAAAAUAAAUAUUUGCGAUAAGUACAUUAAAUAUAAGCUCUUAAAAGAGACGUGAUAACACAUGAAGCGAAUAGUCAAUACUCAAUGGUCAUUAGUUUAAAUUCAUACCAAGUUUUGUAUUUAAUAAGCUAAAUCCUGAUAUCAGUGUCUCUUGAGUCUUCUUUGAGGAUUAUAAGGAAUGUUAGACAAAUUAAAUGGUUGGGAUGCUUGGCAGAUAGAAACAGGCGAAGACUUCCAAGAUGGUUUUCUUAACACGUUUGCUGCGGAUGACACUUGUAGGCAUUAUUUUGUUUAUUCCUCACAUGCGCAUGAUGCAUUAAACUUCAUUUAUACAAUUAUUUUCAAUUUAUUUUAAUUGGGCCAGUGUUAUGUUUUGAGGUUGAUUCACAUAUAUAGACACCGCGUGUAGCAAACACGGCACAGACAAUUGUUUUCAUAUUAUACCAGCAAUCCGCAGACAUUAUAGUGGUAAGCAACAGACAACUAUAAUUUAGUGAUGUAGUGGAUUACUGUACGCAAUGUUUCAUAAUUUUUCUGUGGAAGAUUUGGUGUUAAUCGCGAUUCCACUUGAUCAGGAAAUGGAGAUUAAGGAAGGAAUGAAAAACACAGGGCGAAUUCUUCAUUUUAUGUAAAGAACUUAUAGAUGAUGAAGAAAGAUUUUUCAAAUAUUUCAGAAUGAGUGUAUGAAUUUAAAUUCAUUCUGAAAUAAGUUUUUUAUAGUCCAUUUUGAAUAAUAUAAUUUAAUAAUUUAGUUGUUAACGAAAACUAUACACACUGCACACUGGUGGUCUUAUUUAUAUGUAAAUUUGUCAUUAUUGUAUACAUAAUAACUGUGCAAACAUGCACAGACAAAAUUUUCUCCUUGUGACGGUACGUAAAGGCGCGUACACGCCACAUUGACAAAUUAUGCGACAAUAGAUGCGAAUAUGUUCAUAGAUAAUGCGUACUUUAAUAUCGUUGUGUCUGUAUAUGUGAAUAGACCUAUAAUCAUUAUUUCUUUCGUCAGCAUUAUUUAAUGUAUAAUUCAGUAUAUGUGUGUGAAAUUUGUAUUUAAAAUUCUCUAUUUUUAGACUGAUGAUAAAACUUGAACGGGAAUUACGAAUAAAAAACGAAAAUACAUAAUUUUGAUCAGCACCGGGGUAUGAGUGUGUGUUAAACUUACAUGAUUGUAUUUUAUGGAUAUUCAAUUUUUUUGGGAGUGGUUUAUUUUAUGCUAUUUAAAGUUAAUAGUAUGCAAAUUAAUUUUUAUUUUGAGAUCAAAUUAAAACUUGUUAAUGACAAUUUAUUAACUUAGAGAAAUUAAAAAAGAAAAAAUCAAAAAAUAACAAUUAUUUAAUAUGUAAGUACAUGUAUUUUUCUGAGAUGAUUUUGUUGAUUUCGACAGGUAUUUUUUUUAAACUGAGAUAGUAAUUAACUAAAUAAAGUUAAUAUUUUAAUAAAUAUACUCUGCUGUUUAAUUAUUUAAUAUGCUGAAGUAUGUCUCCAAUUUAGUUUUAACGAAAAUUCUUGAAGUCUUAAAAUAUAGUCAUUGUUGUUUUCUUUGAGUGUAUGUCAAUAAUUAAAUAAUAAUAACAUAUAUAUAUAUAUUUGAUUAGUACCUGAUAUGAUAUUUUAAUUUAUAUUUAUUUGUACAUUUUUUAGCUUGAUUGGUUCGCAUUCGCUAUCAUGUCUCUACCAGCUGUAGUGGCUCCGUUCGUUAUGUGGUGGAUUAGCAAGAGCAAAUAUGAACUAAUAUUAAAACAAAAACGUGAAAAAGUAUCUAAAGAUUAAUAUGAAUAUAAAAACACCUUUUGUACAAUUAACAUUAAGAGUUCUUAAAUUUAAUUUUGUUUGAUAUAUUUUCUAUAUUAUAUUAUGUUUUGUAUUUUUUUUUUUUUUUUUGUGUAUUUACUUAUAAAAACAUCUAAAUAAUUUCGUUUAGUUAAUUAGAAAUUAAUAUUUUCUUUAAAAUAAUUACAAAAUAAAUUUUACAAUUUUAAUAAAAAAAAAAAAACAAAACAAAUUUUACAUUUUUCAUGUUAAAAUAUACGAUCUCUUUAUUUAUAUGAUUUAUUAUUUUAUAAAUUGUUUGUAUUCACUGUUAUAUAGCAUUUAUACUUUAAAAAAUAUUGAAGUUUAAAAGGAUAUUAUCUUUAGUUCAUUAAAAAAAUUGUUCUGCAUUGAACACCAUUGUUUGGUAUGUAUUAAUUAAUAAAU